AUGAUCAAAGGUAAAGACUUGUAUGAUGUAUUGGCAGCGAUUGUGCCCCUCUAUGUGGCUUUGAUCUUAGCCUAUGGCUCCGUGCGUUGGUGGAAGAUCUUCACCCCCGAACAGUGCUCUGGCAUAAACCGUUAUGUGUCGGUUUUUGCAGUGCCCUUCCUCUCUUUCCAUUUCAUAUCGACCAAUAACCCUUACACCAUGAACUUCAGAUUCUUAGCCGUGGAUUCUCUUCAAAAGGUUGUGGUUUUGGUUGCACUUGCUCUGUGGAACACUUUCACAAAGAGGGCUAGCAUUGACUGGACCAUCACACUGUUCUCACUCUCCACUCUCCCCAACACACUCAUCAUGGGGAUCCCUCUUUUGUCAGCCAUGUAUGGAGACUUCACAGCCUCCCUCAUGAUCCAAAUUGUGGUCUUCCAAAGUGUGAUUUGGUACACUCUUUUGUUGUUCAUGUUUGAAUAUAGAGGAGCUAAGCUACUCAUUUCAGAACAAUUCCCUGAUACAGCAGGUGCCAUAUCCUCCGUCAGGGUUGAUUCAAAUGUUGGUUCUCUCAGUGGUAGGCAGAUACUACAAACCAAUGCAGAAAUUGGAGAAGAUGGGAAUCUUCAUGUGGUGGUGAGGAGCAUGUCACGUUCUGUGUCCGUUGCAUCAAACCUCACCGGGAUUCAGAUCUAUUCGGUGGAGUCAUCUAUAGAACCAAGGCUGAGAAAUUCAAAUUUUAGUGCCACAGAUUUGCACCCUCAUGGCCUCAAAAGAGAGGGGAUGUUGAAGAUGCAUGACAAAGGUUUUUCGAGGAGUAAGAGUGUUGGUCAUGAUUUGGCUUCCCAAUAUCCGUCUCUAAAACCAACAGGGUCUAACCAUGGUGGCCAAAGAAACAAGGGGUUGCACAUGUUUGUUUGGAGUUCAAGAGCAUCAUCGCCAACUUCUGAUGUUAACGUGAGACAUGCAGCGAAUAAUAGAGUUGACUCUUCUGACUUUGGGACCAUGGGAUCUUUGAAGGGUGCUGAUUUUGCAAAUGAAACCGCAGCAUCAAAAGAUGUGGAUGAAGAGGUGGAAAUUGAAGGUAUGGAAGAUCCUGUAUUGGGGAGGAAGACGAAGAAGAAGAUUGAAGGAGAUUCAAACAGAAGACAUGAAAUGCCACGCGCUAGUGUGAUGAUAAAGCUUAUUCUCACCAUGGUUUGGAGGAAUUUGAUGAGAAACCCUAAUACCUAUGCAAGUGUUUUGGGUCUUGUUUGGUCUCUCAUAUUUUUCAGGUGGAACAUGAAAAUGCCAUCUAUUAUAAAAGCUUCCAUUGAAAUACUAUCUAAUACCGGGUUGGGAAUGGCCAUGUUCAGUUUAGGUUUAUUCAUGGGAUUGCAACCUAAGAUGAUGACUUGUGGAAAAACUAGGGCAAUGAUUUCAAUGGUAGUUAAGUUCUUGGUUGGGCCAAUGCUGAUUCUUGCAACCUCCAAAGCCAUCGGCAUCAAUGGAGUUCUUUUGCGUGUUGUAGUUGUUCAGGCUGCACUUCCACAGGGUCUCGUUCCCUUUAUAUUUGCCAAAGAAUAUAAUCUCCAUGCAGACAUACUCAGCACAGCUGAAUGA